AUGGACGUGACAAGUGCGGCGAUGUGCCAGGUGCAUUUCGGAUUUCACCGACGCCGCACAACCCGUAAACCUUCGGGAGCGGGGGCCACGAGUGGCCGAAAGGAAGGUAACCUCUAUAAAAAAUCCCCCAACCCUAAGGUCGAGCGUGCCGACGGGCAGCCCCAUCGUAUCGGGGGGGGGGGCAACACACUGCUUUACGGCGAUGCAUCGGCAUCGUCCGUGGAUCCCCUAAGAACCGGGGAUCACAGGGAGGAAGGGGCCGUGCCUGGUAACGCACCGGUCCCAGCGCGUAGCUCACGUGGAAAACGUGGAAGACGGGGGCGCUUAGCACGCCCAUGCACAAUAGACGAUCAAGCUGAAGGUGAGUCUGAUGGCUCUCAGGUUGCCCGCAUUUCGGCUACUUCCGAAGAUACUCGAAAAAGGAAAGCUAAGGCUCCGAGGGGCGACACAGUGGCCGCUAAAUACAAAGCGGUGGCAGCCUCUGCUUCAGCCACAGCCACAGAAGGGGAAGACAAGGAAGACGGGCACGAUACUGAGGAGGAUUCCCAGGACCUGUCUGGUAUGAAGUUAAAAUCAACCUUACCUAACACGGAAGGGUUAGGACUGAAGUUGAAAUCUCAAAGCAACAGAACGAUUGAAAGUCACAUAGAUUUUCAACUCCAGGAGAUUGAAAAAGUUGCGGAUUGUUCCCGCAACUUAAAAGCUGCAGCUAAUGAACUUGCUAGGAGGUUCAGUGCUAACGGAAUUGUAGCAAGACUGGAAAAAGAAAACGCUGAACUACGUCACAGCUUUCCAGCCUUGCCGGACGGAUGG